AUGCUGUCUCCAAGUGAUAAAAAGUUAGAAAAGCUGGAUCCGUUUUAUCGACCCUCAAUGUCCAAGCAGAAGACCAGUGCAGAAAUCAUAAGCGAAGCUCGAAAUGCGCUAAGAACAGUUAGAACUCAAAGGCCGUUUACACCACAGGAGGACCAAAGAAAGCUGUUUGGACCUGCAUCUUCAAGAACACCAGAAAAUCGACCUUCCUCCUCCUUCAGCCUCCAUGCAUCCAGUUUUGAAUCGUCUGAUUCAAGGCCUAUCUCUGGUGCACGUCUCAGUCCACUUGAACUUAAACCGAAAGCUCCACCAUCUCCCACCACAGAGGAGGAUCCCUGCCUUGCCUUUCCUAAACCCCCUGUGGACCCUGUGAAGAUUCGAAGAAUAAGCAGUGCCCGGGCACGCUUAUUCAGGGCGGCCUCGCAGGGGGCACUACUGCUGGACCGAACCCUUCCUUCUGCUGAGUCAAAGAAGACAGUGGAAUCCAAAGAAACAGUUACGAUGGGGGACUCUUUGGUGAAAAUAAAUGGAAUUUAUUUAUCAGAAUCAAAUGCAAUUGGCCACUUAAAGAAUCACCCACUUCAGUUAACUUAUGAUGGAGGAGGCUUCAGUGAAAUGAAGGAGCAAGAAAUAUUCAAAGGGACAACAUCCUUACCAUCUCAUCUCAGAAGUGGAGGGGAUCAGGGGAGGAGGCGUGCCCGGGCCUCCUCAUGCCCCAGCCGCUCGGACCUCAACCGACUAGAAAACACAGCAGUAUCAAAAGCUGACUUGCAAGAAAAGGACACACAAAAAGAAGUAGAUGAAGCCUUCUGGAAUACAAGGAUCAUUCCGAUUUUGCAUGAAUUAGAGACAGAAAACGACGUUGAAGCUGUUUGUGCUGCUUGCACACACCUUCAUCGUGUUUUAGAGGAAGGCAACAUGCUUGGAAAUAAAUUUAAGAGAAGAAGUGUUCUCCUGAAGACCCUAUAUAAACUAGUGGAUGUUGGUUCAGAUAUGCUCAGCCUUAAGCUUGCAAAAAUUAUUCUAGCACUUAAAGUGAGUAGAAAGAAUCUUCUGAAUGUGUGCAAACUUAUAUUUAAAAUUAGCAGGGCUGAGAAGAAUGACUCUCUGAUUCAAAAUGACAGCAUUCUGGAGUCAUUGUUGGAGGUCCUGAGAAGUGAAGACCUGCAAAUGAACACCGAAGCCUUUUUGUACUGUGUGGGGGCUAUAAAGUUCAUUUCUGGAAACCCAGGAUUUCUUACUGAAAUGAUCAGCAAAGGUGCUGUGGAAAUACUGAUGAAUUUGAUAAAGCAAGUAAAUGAGAAUACCAAGAAAUCUGGUGCAUGUUUGCCUAAUUCAGGCCACUUGUUAGUCCAGGUGACUGCUACGCUGAGAAACUUGGCUGAUUCACCACUAACAAGAAGUAAGCUCCUGAGCCUCAGUGCCCUUGCUGAGUUCUGUACUGUGAUGGAGCAGUACACGACUGACCCGGAUGUCUGUACCAAUAUCGCCAGAAUAUUCAGCAAACUUACAUCUUACCAUGACUCUUGUGCAGCCUUGGCCAACUAUUCCAGAUGUUAUGCCUUGUUUUUGAAUCUGAUAAACAAAUACCAGAAGAAGCAGGAUGUAGUCAUUCGUAUUGUCUUUAUUCUUGGCAACCUGACAGCGAAAAACAACCAAGCUCGUGAGCAGUUUUUCAAGGAGAAAGGGAGCAUCCAGACUCUGUUGUCGCUAUUCCAGACAUUCUACGAACUUGAUCAGAAUUCAGAGAAGCUGGCGAGUGAUGGAGAGACGCAAGCCAAGCUGCAGAGACAGCCAUCGGGCUCGGAGGAUGUCCUCAUCAAGCUGAUCCGUGUCCUCGCCAAUAUUGCCAUCCACCCGCGCAUCGGCCCUGCGCUGGCUGCCACACCACAAGUGGUGGCCCUGCUGCUCACAACGCUUGAAUACAAGUCAAUUGAUGAUUGUGAGGAGCUGGUGAUCAAUGCUGCAGCAACAAUCAACAAUUUAUCUUACUACCAAGUGAAGAAUUCUGUAAUUCAUGACAAAAAGCUAUAUAUUGCGGAAUUGCUCUUAAAGCUUCUGGUGAGUAACAACAUGGAUGGAAUCCUGGAGGCUGUGCGUGUGUUUGGAAAUCUCUCCCAGUACCGUGACAUCUGUGAUUUCAUUGUGCGGAAAAAUAUCCACAAGUUCAUGAUUGCACUGCUGGACGCAAAACAUCAGGAUAUUUGCUUUUCUGCCUGUGGUGUUCUCCUAAAUCUCACUGUGCACAAGGACAAACGGGUCAUCCUAAAAGACGGAGGUGGCAUUAAAAAGUUAGUGGAUUGUUUAAAAGAUUUUGGGCCUACUGAUUGGCAGCUGGCCUGCUUGAUUUGCAAAACUUUAUGGAACUUCAGUGAAAAUAUCACUAAUGCUUCGUCAUGUUUUGGAGAUGAAUACACCAACACACUCUUAGUCCUCUUAUCAUCAUUUUUAGACGAAGAACUAGCACUGGAUGGCAGUUUUGACCAAGACCUAAGAAACUAUCACAGACUUCACUGGGAAACAGAAUUCAAACCUGUGGCACAGCAGCUUCUAAACCGCAUUCAGAGUCAUCACACCUUCCUGGAACCUCUGCCUAUCCCUUCGUUUUAA